AUGGCUCAUUUUCUUCGCUAUCCUCCAUGUGAGUCGUCAGGCUGCACCGAUCCAAGGUGUUGUGCUUUGGGAGGAAAGUUUGAGUGGCCAGAACUUGUUGGAAAAAGUGGAGAAAUAGCCAAAAUGACGAUCGAAAGAGAAAAUCCAAAUGUUUUAGGGUUUAUCAUGCCAUAUGGGACCUUGAGGAUUGAAGACUUUUGCUGCAACAGGGUUUUUAUCGUUGUAGGUUCUAAGGGACAUGUUGUAAUGAUUCCUAAGAUCGGCUAG